AUGAAUUUUCCUAUUUUGGAAGGUUGUGGCUUGCAAGUAGGAAACACUAUCUUGUUGCCGUAUCCAAAUUCGUUUGUACCUUGUGGUUACACCGUCACAGACAGCAAUCCAUCCAAUCCAAGGCCUUCAAGCUCGGGGAACUUGAGCCAAACCGUGAAGGGGUCUUCGUGUCUUGCUAAUACACACAUGUCCCUGCCUCUGAGCAACGCCAGCCACCCUCUUGUUCCAUGUCAAAGUCGUGUCCCUUGUAAUGUGAACGCGGGCAAGGUGAGAAAUAUGGUUUUCAAGGUGAAUAUCCAUUCUUGGCCAAACCAUGCUUCUUGUCUAGUACAGCAGAGAAAGGGUAACGGGUUUGUGAAUAUGGGAUGUGCAAGCUGGUGUUCGGUGGCAGAGUUGGAGAGAGAACUGGAAGCUGAGAUGAACACACACCAAGAUGAAGAGAAGGCAAGCAUUGGAAUGGCAAGGUUUAGGCACAAAUGUGAAGAAGGGAAUGGGGUGGUGGAGCUGUUGGAGUGUUUGGAAAGGGAAGCAAUUAUGGGUGAAGAUGUGGGAAAAGAGCCUAAGGAUUACAACCGAAGGGCUCGUAUAUUUGAUAGAAGCUCUAGAGUGUUCCAAGCUCUUAAGGAACUGAACAGUGAUGUUCUUUCUCAAAAGUAGGCAGUGACUUGGAAUUUCAUUGUAGUUGAAAUAAAUGUUACUAUCUAGUUAGGUUUUGGGAUGGGUUUUAUAUUUGACUUUGGACUCUCUUACCUUACUAGCUAGAUAAGCCGGUUUAUUUCAAUAAACCCCAUCAAGAAAAUAGUAACCGAUUGUAUCUUCGAAUGUAGAAGUUUUUUGCUACAUUACCUUGUACACAGACGAUAAUAUCAC